AAAAUCAAAAUUCAAUUUAAUUAUUCGUAGCUGGUAAAAUAUGCUUCGCCGUCACCGCUGCUGACCGUUGGCAUAGAGGCCAGAAUCGUAAUGACCGAAAACAUCGAAAUGGUCUACGAGUACGUCAUAAUAACUUCAUAAUUCGAGUGUCGUGUCAUUCGUAGUAAAAAGUCUGAUAGAUCGUUUAUUUAUUUUAUUAUUUUUUUGAGUUCAAUGUCUGGAAACAGCCUCGUAGUCAGAAUAAGUAUUCUAUGUUAAAUAAAAAAAAAAAACAGUAAAAUACCAAACAUUCCACGUCUGUGUGCGGCCAAGCAAUGAUUUUUAUGGUUUUAGUCAUUGCUAUUGCUGCCGUUCUGCAGAUAGCACUUAUUUCAGUUUUCAUUGGUGCUGGAGUCUAUUACUUGGCUGAAUUUGUUGAAGAACAUACUGCAUUAACAAAAAAAGUUAUAAAAUGGACAAUUCAUGUUGUGAUAAUAUGUCAUAUAGGAUUGUAUUUAUUUGACAAUAUACCGUUAUCACUAAUUGCUUUGGGUGUUUUGAGUCAUUUAAUAUACUACUUUUUGCUCACUGACUUUCCAAACUUCAACUUAACAUCGCUGUCAUUUAUUUCGUCAAUUAUUCUGUUACUUGGAAAUCAUGUGUUAGCCUUCAAAUAUUUCCGACAACGUUACACAACAUUAUCAGAAGUUUUUUCAUACUUCACAGUGUGUUUAUGGAUGGUACCCUUUAUGUUUAUAUUAUCAUUAUCAGCCAAUGAUAAUACUUUACCUACCACUAAUGUGGAUGACAAUGUAGUAUCACAUUAUUUUACCAACCGUAAACGAAGUUAUAAAAUAAAAAAUCUUUUUACUUAUCUUGGUGAUGUAACUAGUAAAAAUAAUCAUCUGAAGUAAUGAUUCAUACAAAUUGGAGAACAUAAGAAAUGGUAUUUAUAAUUUCAAUAUAAUAUAUAUAAGUAUAGAAUUAUUUGUACAUUUAUGUGUUUAAUUAUUUGUAAGAAUAUUAAUUACCAUUGUUAUCUAUUUAUUUUAAUAAAAGAAAAAAGACUGUUGAACUUACAGUUGUUUGAUAUCAGUUUAUAAA